UCACACUCUCAUAUGGAACUGAGAAAAAAACUACUCGGCACGGUAGUUCAAUUAAGUUAAUUUUGUUAAGUAAACAUACAAGUGCAGAGUCGCCGCGCACAUCCACGUAACCGUGAGGCCGCCCACUGCUCAAUUUUCACCCGUUAAACAGCGCGCGAGUCGUUGUUCCGCCAGCAUUGUGGUCCACGUGUGGAAAUAGCCAGGAAAAGCGGAGGUGCACGCACACACACACACACAUACACAUAAGCGCGCAGCGAGGAACACGUAUACAAAUGCGCGCGAGGGAAAAGCGCUAGGUCAGAGGAAAGUGAAAAGUGAAACGUGAAACGUGAAAAGCGAAAAGCGCAUCAGGGAUUCGCAUUCGCACGUAACGCAGCGCGUAACUCGAAGGAAAAUGCCACUGCUCGCCUACCGGGAAAAGCACAUCCUGAGUGCCCAGCAGCUGAGGAAGCUGAGCGAGCACAAGUAUUCCUGCACCAGUGCCAGCCUCCUCGAUCCGCUGCUGCAGCCCUGGUGGAACUGGCUGGUGGCCCAGACGCCCCUCUGGCUGGCCCCCAAUCUCAUCACCAUUGUGGGACUGAUCGUCAAUGUGGUCACUACGCUCAUAUUAAUCUGUUAUAGCCCAAAUGGCGUUGACGCUCCGCCACGUUGGACAUGUCUGCUGUGCGCCCUGGGUCUGUUCAUCUACCAGAGUCUGGACUCCAUCGACGGGAAGCAGGCUCGUCGCACGAACACCUCCUCGCCGCUGGGCGAGCUCUUCGACCAUGGCUGUGACUCCAUAUCGACGGUGUUCGUGGCCGUAUCGGCCUGCAUCUCCUGCCAACUGGGACACUAUCCCAACUGGCUGUUCUUCCAGUGCUUCUGUGCUAUAGCCCUCUUUUACUGCGCCCACUGGCAGACGUACGUGUCCGGAACGAUGCGCUUCGGACGCAUCGAUGUGACGGAGGCGCAAUUCUCGAUCAUAGCCAUUCACCUGGUGUCGGCUGUGCUGGGCCCUGAGAUCUGGUUGACUAAGCUACCAUACUACGACUGCGAAACUCGAUUUCUGCCUAUUUAUGUGGCCUGCGGCGUUGACUUUGUUCUAGCACUGCGCUACACCAAAUGCAUUUUAACAGAGGGUUGUGGCAAGAACGGAUCGUCGGUUGCAGGCACCAGUGUCCUGUCGCCCAGCAUUCCCCUCACGCUGGUGGUGCUGCCCGCCCUGAUGAUCGCCCACAAGUCGCCGCAGAACAUCUUCACCGAGCACGCAUCGGUGUACAUCAUGGCUUUUGGCAUGGUGGCCGCAAAGGUCACCAACAAAUUGGUGAUUGCCCACAUGACAAAGUCGGAGAUGGAUUACCUGGACUGGUCGCUGCUCGGCCCCGCGCUGCUGUUCCUUAAUCAGUACUUCAACUGCAUCGUGCCGGAGAUCUGGCUGCUGUGGUUCACCCUGAUCUGGGGCACCCAGGAUCUGCUGCGCUACUGUGCCCAGGUGUGUCUGGAGAUCUGCCAGCACCUGCGCAUCGAUCUCUUCCGGAUACCGUAUACGCCCAAGGGUGGGACACCGCAUCCGGCCACCGCCUCCGUGAGCAGCCAGAGCAACUUUGGCAGCAGUGCGGACAAGAACGGCGGCACCGCGCAUCGGAAGUCGAAGAGCAAACCCCAUUAGGUUUCGGCCUUCACCGCUACAUUAAUUAGUUCUCUUUUACAAUUGUACGUCGUUAGAGCCGUGGGAUACUCGUAGGAGCAGGCGGAGCGCAAUUUAAUACAAACCAAACCCGUUAACACAACCCAACAAAAUUCACCGUCGAUAUUUAAACUACAAAAACAGGAGAAACAUAACCAAACGAAAUGAAACAAAAAAAAAACUAAACAAAACAAAGCAUAUAAAAACGUUAGCAAAAGAGCGAAGCAAACGGUUGCUCCUACAUUUUAGGAUAUAGUUUACAACACGUUGUUGUAGCAAGUCAAAGAAGUCGAGGUGGCUAGGACUCAUGGGAGAAAAGAACUGUUGCAGUCUCCGAUAUCAAUUACAUGGCUAAAUAUAUAUAUAAAAACAUAUAUUUUGUAUGAUUGUGUAAGUUGUAAUAAAUCCAGAUUGCAGUAUUUUUACUGUGCUAAAUCACAUUUGUGCAAAUGCCAAAAAGAAAGCAGAAUAAGCCUAUAAAUAGCUCGAUGAAAGCUCAAUUUACGUUUAAGUUCUGAGGCCACGGCCACGGCCAACUAUUACCCAUUGGCGAACGAUCCAUCCCACUAAAGACAACAAAAUAAGUCGCGCAGCUACGAUUUUCAUUCGAGGCCAGUAUAUCUAUUCAUGUUACUCGUUUUAGUGCUUAGUCUCCUACUCAUCGGCGUCGUCUGAAGGGCCGCGACAUUCUAAAUGGUGACUCAUUUCAAAAAGCGCACUAUACCUAUCCUGACUAAGCCCAUAAUUUUAGUGCGUUUCGCGUGACUACAUCUUAUGCAUCCUAAAUUCUAGCUAAAAACUUAUAUUUGUAGCUCGUACGGCGCUGGCCGGCAAACUUUAUAGUUAAACUAUUAUGGAUUAUGUUUUAUGUUGUACAAGAAAUUGGAGACGAAACAAACAGCAAGAACUAGAAAUAAAACGAAUUGCUAAAAAUAAA